AGGUGGAGUAUCUUCCUAUAUCAUCAAUGGAAAUAGCAAGAAAAGUGAUGGAGGAGUUCUUGGAGAUAUGGAAUGAAGCUCUGGCUAAAAGGUCGUUACCGGGUAAGUUUGUGAACAAAGAUCUUAACUUUGGGGAGUUUGGACUUGGAGACAACUACACUCCACAACACACCGCUGUUCGUAAUUACGCUCUCGUUAUGGCUCACAUGAUUGCUACCGUUCAAGCUGUGAGUGGCUAAACCAAAACUCAGCUUUGUAUUUAGGUAGAAUUCUGUGUUUUGCGUUAUUAGUGAUUUCGUUAGCCAUGUUUAUCUAUAAGAAGCAUUGAGAAAAAAAUUGGACUUUUAUAGCAGAUUGUG